AUGGCCAGCUGCCAGGCGUGCCAGGUCAUUGUGUUGCUGCCUUGGAAGUCAGGCGAGGCGCUGCCGGGCACUGGCGCUCAGGGCAUAGAGAGGUCUCGGUCUAUGACGAACACCUGCAUUCGUUUCUCGCUCGUCUUCUCUUUGCGGAACAUUCUUGCGCGUGCCUUCUGGCCCGGCGGCUACGGUUCAUCUCACGCUGCAGCCGAACGUCUGGGGGUGUUGAUCGUAUCCUUUUUCAGGGUGUUUAUAUUGGUGGCGUUCAUGCUUGCGGGGUCUCCUCCUCAGCUCUCCAAGGUCAAUUACUCCUCUGUGCCCAAGUCUCUGAGCAUUCCGACAUACUGCUUUCUUCUUUUCGAAGCGCUUCGCGCGCAGUUAUUGUGGAACUACUUCUGUCGGCCAUGGACUUUUUCGGACGACAGGGCUUACACAGCCACCUGCACGUUCACCACGAUCUUUGCCACAGCCACAUCCUGGCGCGCCCCUUCAGCAUUGCAGCCUGGGGAGGCCGCACCCUCAACGGCCGAGAAAAUGGCGACAAGGACAUGCUCACUGGUUCAGCAGCUCCGUCCAUAA